AUGACCUCCAUAGUCUUCUUAGUCUUUCCCGGUCUAACACUUGCCGGUUCAGCCGUGGCAUUAGUCUUAUCCACACCGCUUUUCCUCAUAUUCAGUCCGAUUCUCGUACCCGCCACUAUAGCCACUACCCUCCUAGUCAGUGGGCUCACAGCCGGGGCCACCCUCGGACUGACUGCCAUUGGCCUCAUCAUGGGGCUCAUUAAAGCUGCACCAGCAGCGGGUGGAGGUAAACCAGGAGGUGGUUUCACAUGGUCUUGGGAUGGAAAAUCCUUCUCUGGAACAAUUCCAGAAUGGAUAAAAAAUCAACCCUGGUUUAAAAAUAUACCCAUGGGUGGAGGUACACCAACGGGCGGUGGUGCACCUGCAGCUGGUGAUGCACCUACGGCUAGUGAUGCAGCUCCGGGUGAAGCUAAACCUGCCGGUGGAAGUACACCCCCAUCGUAA